AUGAUGGUGGUGGUUAUGGUGUGUAAAGUUACGUCUUGUUGUGAGAAAAUGUCCCAAUUCCAAGACGUGCAAAACCAGAAAUCGUUUCAAUACUUAUACGAGGUGGAAACUCUAGCGCAAGACAUUUUAACUGAAAAAGAAACAAAGUUGGAUUUGUCCAAUUCCAGGAAUAAGUUUAGGGAAGCCCUGAGGGCCCUGGAGGGCACAGAGGACCGAAGGGCUUGGAUGCAGCUCGGUUCAGUUUUUAUUGAACGACCGACUAGUGAAUGUAAGGAGAUUUUAAAAACAGAAAUUGCAAACGCUGAUAAGGAUAUUUUAGAGUUGGAUAAAAAUAUUAAGAGCAAAAUCCAUAAAUUAAGGGAUUUGGAACAUGAACCAAGGUUAGAGGGCUUCACCUUGAAACCCAUUUCCUCGGCAGAGGCUAAAGCGUUACAUAAAGCGUUCGGUGCAGUGUAAAUUAAUUAAGAUUUUGUCAGUCCCAAGUCCACAAUUAAAUAAUUGUAAAUACAAACGUUUCUCA